CUACGUGCCUCCUCCAUCCGAGGCUUCUCGGUCCCGGGGAAAGCUGAAAAACUAGUGUCAGCACUCUUCGCCGACGACACGACCGCGUUCCUCGCUGAAACUGACUCUUUUGAGGACCUCAUGGCGAUUCUGUGCAAAUGGCGCGCGGCCUCGCGCGCGAAGUUCAAUGACGAUAAGACUGAAGUCCUCCCUGUAGGGAGUAAGUCGUAUCGCGAACGAGUAGUACAGACUCGGCAACUCACGGUCGGCGGGCCCGCGUUGCCAGGUGGCGUAAAAAUCGUGCCCGAUAAGCAACCGGUCAGAGUCCUCGGCGCGUGGAUAGGGAACCAGGUCGACCAGGAAGCGGUGUGGGGUCCCAUGGUGGAUACGAUCCGCCGUAAUCUUGAGAGGUGGGGUCUUAGGAACCCGAGCAUGUACGGACGUAAGCUCAUCGUGGGUAUGGAAGUCGGCGGUUGCACGCAAUUCCUGGCGCGCGCGCAGACGAUGCCACCGGCAGUCGAGCAAACGCUGGAGCGCGCGGUCUCUGAGUUUGUCUGGAAAAAUGGCGGGCGCCCGACGGUGAGUAUGGCCGUCCUACAGGACCCUCUGGAGAGCGGGGGACUAAACCUACUAGAUGUUCGCGCUCGUAAUGACGCCAUCGACCUGAUGUGGCUGAAGGCGUACGUGGACACCUCGCCCGCCCGCCCGACC